CAAUAGUGAGUGGUGCACACUUCCUUUGCCCAGACACAGAACAAAAAAAAGUCCCAUUUAAGAGUUGCUGGUGUAACAAUAGGAAGAAUAUAUUCCACUCCUCUCUUGUACAUGCGGCUUAUGAGAAGAACAUCACCGCAAAGUCUCUCAGUCCACUUGACGUCCAACAGAUGAACGCUCGUCAAGAAGAACGUCCCCUUCAGCAGCAGGAGGAUCCACAGCCCCCCCACGUUAAAGAGGAAGAGGAGGAUCUCUGGGUUACUCAGGAGGAAGAGUGUCAUCCAGGGCAGGAGGAGGCUGAUCUAACCAAGUUUCCACUGACUGUUGUCUCUGUGAAGACUGAAGACCGUGAAGACAAACCACCUGAGUCCUCACAGCUUCAUCACAGUCCAAACGUCUGUGAAGAACAUCUUUACCCUGAGCAACAGAAGUGGAGUUUCAGGAUGCGGACAGAGGAGCCACAGCCCUCCCACAUUAAGAAGGAAGAGGUAUAUCCUCAGAUCCCCCAUUUUAAAAAGGAAGAGGAACACCCACUGAUCCCCCAUUUUAAAGAGGAAGAGGAGGACCCACUGACCCCCCAUUUUAAAGAGGAAGCAGUGGAUCCACACAGCCAUCACAUUAAAGAGGAAGAGGAGGAACACAGCAUCAGUCAGCAGGGAGAGCAUCUUGAAGGACUGGAGGAGGUUGAUGUCACCAAGAUGCCAGUGACUGGUGUCCCUGUGAAGAGUGAAGAUGAUGAGGUCAAAGGUGAAAGUGAGGAGAAGAGAGAGGCGGAGCCUCCAAGCAGCAGCUCAACUCAACACAUGACAACAGAAGCUGAUGGAGACCACUGUGGAGGAUCACAAGCAGACAAGCUCUUAGCUCCACUAUCAGAUAGUGAGGACACAACGUCACACUCUCCUGACACUGAUGAUGAAGACUCUAAAGAUGAUAAGACAUGUCACACUGACAACACACACUUCACAUGUUCUCACUGCGACAAAACUUUUAAUGACCGUAGCAAUAUGAAAAGACACAUGAGAACACACACUGGAGAAAAACCUUUUUCCUGCUCAGAAUGUGAUAAAAGUUUUGUAAGAAAUCAAAGUUUAAAAGAACACAUGAGAAUACACACUGGAGAAAAACCUUUUUCGUGUUCAAUCUGCGGUAAAGCUUUUACGCAAAGGCCCAAUUUCAAAGCACACAUGAGAAUACACACUGGAGAAAAAAAAAUGUCCUGCUCAGAAUGUGGUAAAAGUUUUGUAAGAAAUGGAAAUUUGAAAUCACACAUGAGAACACACACUGGAGAAAAACCUUUUUCCUGCUCAGAAUGUGGUAAAAGUUUUGCAAUAAAUCAAAGUUUAAAAGAACACAUGAGAACGCACUUUGGUGAAAAACCAUACUCCUGUUCAAGCUGCAACAAAAGCUUUUGUCGCCUAAUAACUCUUACAGCACACACGAGAACACACACAGGAGAGAAAGUGUUGAGUUGCAGUGUGUGUGGUGAAAGAUUCUCUUCUAAGUACCAGUGUAAGAAACACAAGUGUGCUGGUGAGAACAGCAGCAGCAAAUGAAGAUGCAGGAUUUGAAAUAAACUGUCAAAACUUUAACUUUGACGUUCUAACAACAUCAGCACAUAUAACAUGUGUGACAUCAUUGUUGUGUGUGUAACACAAUCUUGUUAAUAUGAUUCUAACAUUUAUAGAUUAGACACUUCAGAUUAGUGCUUUUAUUUCAGUCAAGUACAUGAGUUAAUAUACACAUUUGUGUACUUUAAAAUGAACAGAACAAUUUGACUGUAAAGGUGAGAAUAAACAGUACAUAAAAUAUGUUACAUACGAUAAACAUUUUAUGUGUAGAUAUUCAUAAUUCACUUUUAUACUUAUUCAUAAUAGUGUUUUAUAAAUGUUUUUUAAAAUAAUGAAGGGUUCUAUAGAUGAACUCCUUUAUAUGAUGUACAUAUUUGUUUUACAUGUGUUCAUACCUUUGCUUUUGAGUACACAUAAAUCCCUCUUAGUUCAUAUUUACUGGUUCACAUCUGAAACAUCUUCUGGACCACUUCUGGAAGCAUAUUAUUAUUUACUUUAUACAUCAUUUGAGCAGUUGUCUUUUAUACAAGAUCAUUUACUUUUAAAAUGUGUUACUUUAUGAAUCAUUUGUUGGGUCUCUAUAAUCCAUUCUAUUAAUUGUCUUUAUUACUCUGUGUAAUAUGAAUAUUGUUGUGUGAUUGUUUUAUAUGUAUGUCCCCAGACCUUUAUGCAAUAAACAAU